UUUCAAAUCAGAAAAUGCAGAAAAAGAGUAGAAGAAGAAAUUAAUUCGCUCGAAUAGGAGCAGCGCCGUCUUCUGUUGUUAGAGUAAAAUCUAUACCAAAAAACGCCAUUAACUAUUUAGAAAGCAGCGUCAUCCCUCAAGCACCAUGACUGAUGGCCGCAUCUAUAUCGGGAAUCUUCCCAUUGACGUCCAGGAGAGAGACAUUGAGGAUCUCUUCUUUAAAUAUGGAAAAAUUCGUGAAAUUGAACUGAAGAAUAACAGAGGAACUAUUCCUUUUGCCUUCAUCCGAUUUGAAGAUCCACGGGAUGCGGAUGAUGCUGUAUAUGGAAGGAAUGGAUAUGUAUAUGGAAACUCCAAACUCCGUGUGGAGUAUCCUCGGUCCACUGGUGGUAAACCCACUCCAAUGGGCCCAGGUGGAGCAGGACCAAGAGGAAGGUUCGGACCCCCAACUCGAAGGUCUGAAUUCCGGGUCAUAGUGACUGGGUUGCCUCCAACUGGGAGCUGGCAGGAUCUGAAAGAUCACAUGCGGGAAGCAGGAGAUGUUUGUUUUGCAGAUGUCCAGCGAGACGGAGAAGGUGUAGUGGAAUUUCUCCGUAGGGAGGACAUGGAGUACGCUUUACGCAGACUGGACCGCACUGAGUUUCGUUCGCAUCAGGGGGAGACCUCUUACAUCCGUGUCUUUGAGGACAGAGGAGCGACCAGCUGGGCUCGGUCACGCUCUCGUUCCAGAUCCAGAGGCCGCUAUUCCCCUCCGUUCUACAACAGAGGCUCCCCCCCUCCUCGCUACCAGUCACCACCGCGCCAUGCCAUGAGGCAUAGCCCACCCCCUAGGAGGCACCCCCCUCAGCAUAGCCCCCUGCCACGCCAUUACAGAUAAAAAGGCUCAUUCUUUCUUUCAUGUAGUUGGAGUAACUGUUUUGUAAUUCAGCAUUUUAUUGCUUUUUUCUUUUUCUUCUCUCUUUUGUGAUGUUAGGCGUUCUCACAGGACAUACGAUCAUUAAAGAACCCAAACAUUCCACGGUCACUGGCGCUUCCCCACAGCUUUAACAAAAAAAAAGUUUGCAUUUAAACUCUUCUGUCAUCUCCGAGAAGCAUUGCUGACUUUGAAUUUGAACUUUAACUGACAACCGUUUUUUUAAAAAAACUUUUUUUUUUUUUUUUUUUAACAAAAUUGGCAAGCAUCAGCAUUGACAGAAACUGUUGCACAGCAGCUGCAAGACUGAAUGUCAUAUCAGGUUUUGACUACACUUUGUGUCACAUUUCAGUAGCUGUGAGGCUUAGUGAUUCUCCGAAUGUCUGAAGCUAAUGAUUAUUGUACAAAUAGUUAGACUUUCGCGUGACAUUGAGUGUUCUUUCCUUCACUUCUUUAAAGUUCAACCUGUAACUAAGGUGGCCAGUGAGUGAAAAAUAUUUGCAUCCUAUGUUUGCUUUUUCUUAUUGAAUAAAAGCCAAACUUUUACAACUA